AUGCCCCAGCACCUGUUUCUCCCACUUGUGAUCUUCGCCAUCAAUCCCAUCCCAAGAGCCUUCCAGGACUCAGGGUUCCCUAUUGCAGACUGUGGGCACCCUGAGCCCUCUGCCCGCAUCAUGGGGGGCUCAGACACUCAGCCAGGAACCUGGCCUUGGCAAGUAAGCCUGCAUCAAGGCAGGGGCCACAUCUGCGGAGGCUCCCUCAUCGCCCCCUCUUGGGUUCUCUCUGCUGCUCACUGUUUCGUGAUGAACGGGACCUUGGAGCCCGCGUCCGAGUGGUCGGUGCUGCUGGGCGUGCACUCCCAGGACGGGCCCCUGGAAGGUACACAUGUCCGCUCCGUGGCCGCUAUCCUGGUGCCUGACAACUACAGCAAAGUGGAACUUGGCUCCGAUUUGGCCCUGCUGCGCCUGGCUUCGCCCGCCAAGCUGGGCCCCACCGUGCAACCCAUCUGCCUGCCGCGAGCCUCGCACCGCUUUGUUCACGGCACCGCCUGCUGGGCCACCGGCUGGGGGGACGUGCAGGAGGCAGACCCUCUGCCUCUCCCCUGGGUGCUACAGGAAGUAGAGCUAAGGCUUCUGGGAGAGGCUGCCUGUCAGUGUCUCUACAGCCAGCCUGGACCCUUCAACCUCACUUUCCAGCUAUUGCCAGGGAUGCUGUGUGCUGGUUACCCAGAGGGACGGAGGGACACCUGCCAGGGUGACUCUGGGGGACCCUUGGUCUGUGAAGAAGGUGGCCGCUGGUUCCAGGCAGGAAUCACUAGCUUUGGCUUUGGCUGUGGAAGGAGGAACCGCCCUGGAGUCUUCACUGCUGUGGCUCCCUAUGAGACAUGGAUCCGGGAACAGGUGAUGGGUUUGGAGCCUGGGCCUGCCUUUCCCAACCAGCCCCAGGAAUCCCAGACAGGCCCCUGGGAAUCCAGGGAGGAGAACUGCACCAUUGCCCUGCCAGAGUGCGGCAAGGCUCGGCGACCAGGGGUCUGGCCCUGGGAGGCCCAAGUUAUAGUGCCAGGAUCCAGAACCUGCCAUGGAACGCUAGUAUCAGAAAGCUGGGUCUUGGCACCUGCCAGCUGCUUUCUGGACUCGAUCACUUCUGAUAACCCACCCCGCGACCUCGACUCCUGGCGGGUACUGCUGCCCUCACGUCCGCGCUCGGAGCGGGUGUCGCGCUUCGUACCGCACGAGAACGCUACGUGGGACGACGCCUCAGACCUGGCGCUGCUGCAGCUGGACGCGCCCGUGAACCUGAGCUCAGGCCCGCGCGCCGUGUGCUUACCCUACCCGGAACACUACUUCCUGCCUGGGAGCCGCUGCCGCCUGGCUCGCUGGGGCCGCGGGGAACCGGCGCUUGGCCCCGGCGCUCAGCUUGAGGCCGACUUGUUAGGUGGCUGGUGGUGUCACUGUCUGUAUGGACACAAGGGGGCGUCAGUGCCGCUGCCGGGACAGUCACCUCACCAACUCUGCCCCUCCUACCAGGAGGAGGAGGAGCCGGGCCGCUGCUGGAAUGACUCUCAUUGGAGCCUUAUGUGUCGGGAGGAGGGGACCUGGUUCCUGGCUGGAAUUGGAGACUUCUCCAGUACCUGUCUCCGUCCCCGAGCCUUCUCCCCACUGCAGACCCAUAGCCCAUGGAUCAGCCAUGUAACUCGGGGAGCCUACCUGGAGGAACAGCUAGCCUGGGACUGGGGCCCUGAUGGGGAGGAGACUGAGACCCAGACCUGUCCCCCACACACAGAGCAUGGUGCCUGUGGCCUGCGACCUGAGGCAGCUCAGAAGGGAAUGCUAUGGCCCUGGCUGGCAGAGGUGCAUGUGGCUGGGAAUCGAGUCUGCACUGGGAUCCUCGUGGCCCCAGGCUGGGUCCUGGCAGCCACUCACUGUGUCCUUAGGCUAGGCUCUACAACAGUGCCCCACAUUGAAGUGUAUCUGGGCAGGGCAGGGGCCAGUCCCCUCCCACACGGCCGCCAGGUAUCCCGGUUGGUCAUCAGCAUUCGCCUGCCCCGGCACCUGGGACUUGGGCCCCCUCUGGCCCUCCUGGAGCUGAGCUCCCGGGUAGAGCCUUCCCCUUCAGCGCUGCCCAUCUGCCUUCACCCAGGGGGUGUCCCUCCAGGGGCCAGCUGCUGGGUGCUGGGCUGGAAGGAUCCCCAGGACCGAGUCCCUAUAGCUACUGCUGUCUCCAUAUUGACACCACGGCUCUGUCACUGCCUCUAUCAGGGCAUUCUGCCCCCUGGGACUUUCUGUGUCCUAUAUGCAGAAGGGCAAGAAGACAGGUGUGAGGUGACCUCAGCACCUCCCCUCCUAUGCCAGACUGAGGGAGGCUCUUGGGUUCUCAUGGGCAUGGCUGUCCGAGGGAGUCAGGAGCUGUUUGCAGCCAUUGGCCCUGAAGAAGCCUGGAUCUCCCAAACAGUGGCGGAGGCCCAUUUCCUACCCUCUAGUGGCUCCCCAUAUUGGCCCACUACAGGCAGUGACCUCUGUCCCCCAGACAUGGCAGGGGCCUCAAGCUCCCCUAAGGCUGCUGCUUUGAUCCUGCUGUUACUGACUCCCCUGAUCCAGGAUUGAGAGGACCUUGCUUCAUGAGCCACUUCCCCUUCUCUUCCCACCACUCAGCAUGCCUGGAAUGUAGUCUAACCUGCUAACUCUCUCCCAGGCCUGGAGAGGGCCUAUCUAUCUAGACUGCAGCAGCUUUGGAUAAUUGGGCCUCAGUGCUAUUUUGGGCCCAGGAAUCCUUGGGGGUGGCAGAGGAGCAGACAAUAAAGGUGUAAACACA